AUGAGGAUCUGGUGGCUCCUGCUUGCCACCGGAGUCUGCACAGGGAACGUGAGCUCCCAGGACACGUGCGGGCAAGGGCACCCUGGCGUCCCUGGGAACCCCGGUCACAAUGGCUUGCCCGGAAGAGAUGGACGAGACGGAGCAAAGGGUGACAAAGGAGAAGCAGGAGAGCCAGGACGCCCUGGUGAUUCAGGGAAGGAUGGAAUGAAUGGAGAGAAAGGAGAAAAAGGAGCAGAUGGAAAAGUUGAAGCAAAAGGCAUCAAGGGUGAUCCAGGCUCGAGAGGACCGCCAGGCAAACACGGGCCAAAGGGAUUCGUUGGUUCCCCGGGGGAGAAAGGGCUCAGGGGAGAGACGGGCCCUCAAGGGCCAAAGGGGGACAAAGGUGAUGUGGGUUCCACUGGUCCAGAAGGGCUAAGGGGCAACACUGGUCCUUUGGGCCCAACUGGUUUACCGGGCCCCGUAGGCCCCCCUGGAAAGCCUGGUCCCAAGGGAGAGGCUGGGCCGCUGGGGCCCCAAGGUGAGCCAGGAGUGCGGGGAAUGAGGGGCUGGAAAGGGGAUCGCGGAGAAAAAGGGAAAAUUGGCGAGAUGCCGGUCUUGCCGAAAAGCGCUUUCACCGUGGGGCUCACCGUGCUGAGCAAGUUCCCGCCCUCGGAUGUGCCCGUCAAGUUUGACAGGAUCCUGUACAACGAAUUCAACCACUACGACAUAGCUACGGGGAAAUUCACGUGCCACGUUGCCGGGGUCUACUACUUCACCUACCACAUCACCGUGUUCUCCAGGAACGUGCAGGUAUCUUUGAUCAAAAAUGGGGUAAAGGUUCUGCACACUAAGGACAGUUACAUGAGCUCUGAGGACCAGGCCUCCGGGGGCAUCGUUCUGCAGCUGAAGCUUGGGGACGAGGUGUGGAUGCAAGCGACGGGAGGAGAGAGGUUUAACGGCUUGUUUGCGGAUGAGGAUGACGACACGACCUUCACGGGCUUCCUUUUGUUCAGCACCUAA